AUGCAUAAGCCGUGUUCUAAAAUCGACUCUGAGGACGACUUUGGCGAGGACUAUUAUAAUAUGGUCCUCCCCGACAUGGAGGAGGCGCUACUAAAUUUAGAAAAUUUCAUGACAACCGCUGAGACUAACAACAACGAACAAGCGUAUGAGGCCGUGCUAGAAAUAAUCCACAGUAUCGUCGAAUAUACAAGGAAUUCCAAUAACGCUUAUAAAUUCAUUAAAGCUAAAGGAAUAGAUAGAGUUAUUCCUCUGUGCCUCAAGUCACAUAACGAUCAAGUAAAAUCUCGUACACUUAUAUUCAUGAAAAGUCUAUUCGAUAUAGCUCCGACUACUGUGUCCGCUUCUAUGCCAAUUGUGAUAGUAGACUUAAUACUAGAUAUAUUCGAAAAUGGCAAUCUAGCUUUGAAAGCCCACGCCGUGGACGUAUGA